AGCCAACUCUAUACAAAAUAUUAGUGAAUAUAAUUAUAACUCAGAUUUAGCACUUUAAUAACCAAUACUCUACGGGUACGACAAAAAUAUGCCCGACUUUUUGUACAAAAAGUGAAAUAAGAACUAAAUAGGAGUAGUCAGCAGGCGUGGUACUUGAGUAUGACAAUUUCUCAACUUCAUAUCCAAAGCAAAAAAAAAAAAAAAGACUACUUAACGUACUCGGUGAGGUGUGAGAUAAAAAAGAUAAAACACGCUUUACAAUAGUCAAUUCUGGGGCACGAUGAAAAAAAAAAGCUUUGUAUUGCCUUUUUAACAGCUAUAAUGAUGUAGCCGUGCUGAUAAGGCAAUUAAAAAAUGUGAACGUUUUACCGACGCGUAGGCUACUAGUUUCCCCCCACCUUUGCGAGAAACAAGUGUUAAAAGGCAGUAGCUUACAUCUUCAAGUGCUCCAACAGCCUUAAACGCAAUGAGACAAGUCCAGAUCCAGUUGUACAAUUUACGCAGAGUUGAAGUGUUUUUUGUUUUUUUAGUGGCCAAUGUACUAUUUGCAAUUUUUUGGUUUUCCGAUCAAUAUGGUCGUCUUGAUUCACUCCAUCUCCAUAUCUUCUCUGGAAAUGGAUCUCAAAUCGGUAUGGCUACUACAGGUCAAACCUUAACCGCGCGUGAAAAAAAAAAUAUUUUGAUAUGGAACGGUGCACAUAUUGAGGACACGGCCCCAUUUGGUUUCGGGCACCAACCUUUCGUCCAAAACGCAUGUGAGGUCUCCGACUGUGUCGUCUUCGCUAACCGGUCAUCUUUACCGUUCGAAAAAUAUGACGCUAUUCUCAUUCAUCUGCACGAGCUAUCAAAAACUUACAUGCCUAAUUUUCCUAGACAAAAACAUCAGCGUUUUGUCUUUCUUACGCAAGAAUCACCCAACUCCAUGGAUACAGUCGACGUCACUACGAUGGGACACUUGUUCAACUGGACCAUGAGUUAUAAACUAAACUCGGAUAUUCAAUUCCUUUAUGGACGCAUCAAUCCGGGCCCGACAGCUCCGAAAACCUUGGAAGAAGCAGAAAAAAUGAUUGAAACAACAUACUUUCCUUCAGCAAAGAACUAUGCCACCAACAAAACCAAGCAGGUCGUCUGGAUGGUAUCACAUUGUCCCACACCAAGUUUGCGAGAGACAUACGUAAAUCAGCUGAGAAAAUUCAUUCCGGUAGAUAUUUAUGGCUCGUGUGGAAAUUUAACGUGUCCCCAUAGUAAACUAUCAGACUUCUUGUCCGAUCCGGAGUGCUACCGUAUGCUAGAAAAGAAGUAUAAAUUUUAUUUGUCUUUUGAAAACUCUAUAUGUACAGACUACGUAACAGAGAAGUUUUUUGAGAUUAUGAGACACGAUUUGAUACCUGUGGUUUACGGGGGAGCAAACUAUAGCCAGUUUGCACCUAUUCAUUCGUAUAUCAACGCGCUUGAUUACACACCGAAGGAACUGGCCGAUUACCUGAAAACGCUCGAUGCAAACGACACGCUAUACAACGAGUACUUUUGGUGGAAAGGACACUAUCAAGUGGAGGCCGGCAUUGAAAAUAGAGCUCGUCACGGCUUCUGCGACCUGUGUAAAAAGCUCCACCAAGAUCAGGACGUAAUAAAGAUUUACCCUGAGCUUGUUUCAGAGUGGCAUCCCAGCACGCAGUGUAAGCGUAUGACACCAUGGAAAAGCUAGAAUUAAAAAGUUUAAGUUUUAUCAAGUUUCAGUUAAGUUCAAGUUAAGUUUCAAAUUAUUGUUUUUCAGUUAAACUUACUUUCGUGAAGUCAUUAAAACUUGUUUGAAACAGAAAAUAAACUCAUUCAGCUGUUUA